GCUCAACUUGUGUAGGGAAAGUGGUGUUGACACUCAGGAAUGUUCAGUAACGCUUCUGAUUGGAUUAGGCAUUAAUUACCGUCAGAAUAGUGUCAAUCAACUGCUAGAAAAGAUUGUAUUUGAUUUUGCUUGUUGAAGAGCGCAGCAGUACACGUUUUGUUGGAUUAGAUACCAUCGCGAGUUUCAUGAACCGUUGAUCCUCAAUGUCACAACUGAGGAGAAAUUUCAGCUCUUGAUCAAAACUCAGACUGGUUCGCGAAUAAGUUUGUGUGAAGGGGGUGUAGAAACGAUGAAGAAGACGAUAAUGUAUUCGCAGACUAUGGUAGCACAUGAGGAGCAGAGAGCGAAAACCUGCAACAACUGCGGCGAUAUGUGUCCAGGGUUUUCCGCGCAUUACUGGCGGAAAAUUUGUCAGCACUGCAAGUGUCCUAGGGAAGAUCACAACAUCAUUGAGGAUGAUGCUCGCACAGGAUGUAACGUAUACUUAGGAGAGGCUAACCAUUCUGGCCUUCCAAGUGAUGAUGAUAGUGGUUGUGCAUUAGAUGAAUAUGCAUGGGUUCCACCAGGGCUAAACCCUGAGCAGGUUCAUGCCUAUAUGAGUUCACUUCCAGAAGAAAAGGUUCCAUACAUUGACAGCAUUGGAGAAAGACACCGUAACAAACAGAUCAUAGUGCAGCUGCCUCCAUAUGACAGCGAGGCAAGAUAUUGUAAUGGCCUUACAGAUGAAGAAAAAAGGGAAUUACGAAUCUUUGUGGCAUUAAGGAAAAGAGAUGCUAUUGAUCGUGGGGUUGUGAAACAAAUCCCUGAUGUCUCAGAAGGCUACAGCUGUAGAGAGUGUGGUGAUCGUGUGGGCCCUGGAUCCAUGGCAGUGUUUGCACCAAGAGCUGGGCAGAAUACAAGUUGGCAUGCUUCCUGUUUUGUUUGCUACAUUUGUAAAGAGCUCUUAGUGGAUUUGAUCUACUGCUACAAGGAUGGGCGGAUUUUCUGUGGAAGGCACCAUGCAGAGACUCUGAGGCCAAGAUGUGCAGCAUGUGAUGAGAUUAUUUUUGCUGAGCAGUGCACAGAAGCUGAGGACCGAUGUUGGCAUGUAAGCCAUUUUUGUUGCUUUGAAUGUGACUGUCCACUUGGAGGCAUGCGGUACAUAAUGAAGGAAGGAAACCCAUUCUGCUGUCAUUGUUUCAAAUCAAUGAAUGCUGAAUUUUGUGAUGCCUGCGGGGAACCAAUUGACCCAGAUGCAAGUCAAAUGAUGCACAAUGGACAACACUGGCAUGCAACAGACAAUUGCUACUGUUGUUACAACUGCCGUAAGCCUCUCCUUGGACAACCUUUUCUUCCCAAGAAUGGAGAAAUAUAUUGCUCACCAGAAUGCAGUCGCCGCAUUUCAGCAGAUUUCCAAAGUCGUGAAAAAUUUCCUGACUUUCGACCAGGUUUUGAUACAAAACGUUACAAUGCUCAGGAAUUAUGCACAUCUGACCUUGGGACACUUGAGUCAGACUAUGUGACUUCAAGCAAUCACUCAGCAUCUGGGGUGUUGAGUGCUCCUUAUGAACCAAGUGUUGAUGGGGACAGUAUUGGCCACUACUCAGGGAUUUUGUCUCAACACAGAGUGGGAACAUUUGAUAGACAGCAUCAACAUGAUGAGCCUGUAAGAAUUGGAGGAUUGUCUGGCAGGGUGUUUGGCCAUAUUGAAACUGCAGGUUAUUCGACUGAUGUCUUUGACAGUGUGAGUGUCCAAGGAGGAAGCUAUGGGGGUUUUAGUUUUGACAAUGACAGAUACCACAGAAGGCAAAAUUUCCAGCCACUGUCAAAUGCUAGGCAAGCAGUUGAUACCUUUGACAGAGGUUACCGAGUUCAAUUAUUUGACAAGGGAAGUACCUCUGACUUUAUAAGAGCCACGCCCGUGGAUGUUGAAUCUACCAAAGAUAGCAAUUAUGGGACUAUUGAGAGCAGAGACAGUAAUUGUGGAACAAAGGUUUUGUUGGACAGUCGAGAUAUAAACAAGGCUCAUAAGCAUGUCAAAGUAAAGGAGAGACAUACCUCUGGAUAUGCCUCUGACUCAAGAACAUCCAGAAAUUCUAGUAAACACACUUCUGGAUAUGCCUCGGACUCAAGAACAUCUAGAAAUUCUGGUUAUAGAUCAAAGGCGAGACAGUUGAAGUACUAUGAUAUAGAUAUUGAGGAAAAUAGUAAGAAGUAUUACUUCAGUGAAGGCGAAAAUGCACGGCCAUUGUCAAGAUCUUUGGAAAGUUUGACAUGGAAGCCAAGUUCUAUACCAGCCCCGCCCCCACGGCGCAAUCACAUCAGAACUUCUUCUGGUACAUACAUGUCAGCGAGGAAAGAACACAUGAUCAAUAGAAAUGGCUCUACUCCAAAGGAGUACAAGUCACGAGGAAACAAUCCUAGCCCAAGUAAAUCAUCUCAGUUACCUUGGGAAGAUCCAUUUGCUAAUCCAGUGGAUAAAAGCAAAUCAAAGCCUAAUAGGCGUCCAAGAAUUACCUACACUGAAGAUGGUUUCCUUGAAAAAGCCUCACCUCAGGUUGUCAAAACAGCUGACGCAGGAAAGAAAAACAAAAACAAACAUAAAAACUGCUUGGUGCAGUGAUUUAAUUAUUGAUACUUCAAGAUGGCAUAGUGUGCAGUACUGAAGCUGAUGAAAUGAAGCUUGUCUUGACACAGAAUCAUUGUUGCUUACAUGUAGUUGGCUUUUCUAGAGAUGCUAAGGCAGCAUGCAAAUGUAUAUUAAAUUAAUUAUAUGCUAGAUUCAGUACUUUUGUUCUUCAAAAAGAUUUAUUGCAGUAGUAAUGCAGAUUGUUUCAACUUUUGUUAUUGUUGGAAUCAAACAGAUAGGCAUGUUAACUGCAACCUUAUUUUCGUGUUGUUUAUAUCACAGUUAUUUACAGAUCAUCUAUGUCUUAUCAUUCAGCCUCAGAAAAAAGUUUCUGGUGACUAUUUAGUGUCGUAUACUUCCUCAGAAAGCCAUAUUGUCAAAGUAAGUACAUGAACAGGUUGUUAUUAGUAGAUAUGAGGG